AUGCCACCAUCCAAGUUCCCGUGUUUGCAAAGAGUAUUUCGGAUUUCACGAGCUUUCUUGUCCACUAAAUCAUCGGCCCAUUGGAAUACCCGCGAAGAAUUCUUUUCAUUUACACGAGGUCGUUUCGUCCUGGACGAGGUAGACCAGAUUGCACGCCGCCAUAUAAGGUUCAAUAUGAAUGCGCUCGCUCGAAUUGCAGCUGAGUCAGUUGGGGCAAAAACUUGCAUUAAUAUUGAAAAGUGCCCUGAUGGCAUGUAUAAUAAGAGCUUCGUUCUGACUAUGGAUAACGGGCAAGAAGUAAUUGCAAAGGUGCCCAACCCAAAUGCUGGCAGCGCUCACCUUACUACAGCGAGCGAAGUAGCUACGAUGGAUUUUGUACGCAACAUACUUGCAACACCCGUCCCUAAGGUAUAUUGUUGGGAUUCAUGCCCAACCAAUUCCGUGGGAGCUGAAUAUAUCAUUAUGGAAAAAAUACCUGGGGCCCAGCUUAGGCAAGUUUGGGACGGUAUGAAACUCGUUGAUAAAAUGAACCUCCGGCUUGAUAUUGCCCGAUACCAGUCUAAUUGGCUCUCUAUAACAUUCUCGGGUUUUGGCGGACUUUACUAUACUCAAGACCUGCCAAAUCCACGACGAGAGGAGCAUCUUUAUACUGAUAAAGAUGGCAAUAAAGUCUGGGAUAAUCGCUUCGCAAUUGGCCCUGUUACAGGCCGAGAAUGGUUUGAUUGUGGAAGGGCGAGUUUAGACUGUGACCGUGGGCCGUGGAACUCUGUAUAUGACUACUACAGGGCAAUCGGACUUCGAGAAAAACUGGCAAUUUCAACGCUAACAAUACCAAAACAGACGGUGAUGGUGUGCGGCCCCGGCUUCUAUCAACCUAGUCGAGGAAAAAAAUUAUCUGCAGUCGAAUGGUACCUACAAAUUCUUAACGCACUUCUUCCGACAAAUGAGGGUAUAACGACGCCAUGCCUCUGGCACAAUGAUCUCCAUGAUGAGAAUAUCUUUGUUGAUCCAAACAAUCACUCCAAAGUGGCUGGAAUUAUUGACUGGCAGUCUAUUAAUCUCCUGCCGCUAAUUGAUCAUAACCCUGAUCCAGCCUUCAUUGAAUAUAACGUCCCGGAGCUAGAGUCUCUGGAUCGCCCCGAGCUUGAAGAUACCGAGGGUCUUUCAGAAAAAGAAAGAUUAGAGGCAAUUAAUCAAUAUUAUGAAAAAGCCCUCUUCGUCGCCUCAAGGAAAAUCACAUUAAAGAAAGCUCCUAGGGUUUAUAGCGCUAUUGAAUACCAGGAAACGGACAGUUGUGAUAUACUUAUACUGGCGCGUCGACUUCUAGAAUUUGGUGAAGCUCAUUUUCACAGCCUUGCUAUUGGCCUGCGCGACAUAUGGCCUAAUCUACCAGCAAAUGAAACCCCAAACCCACCUCAACCCUUUCCCUUUGUCCUCACUAAUGAGCUAUUAGAGGAGAUCGAAAAUGAUGGUAAAAAGGCAAUACAUGGAAUACAGCUUAUGAAUGAAUUCAAAGCCCGACUUGGACCACUCUGGCCGGAUAAAGACGCAGUUGAGCAUGGGCAAUAUGAAACGGUCAAGAUUGCUCUUCGGGAGUUAAAGGAAGAAGUAAUGAAGGAGUUUGGCAAGACCGAAGAAGACAAAGCCGAUCUGGCCCGCCAGUGGCCGUUUGACAGCUAG